UGUCUGCAGGGGGACAGAGGAAGAGGUAAGAGUAUUUACAUGGGUCUGUCAGAGACUUGAGUGAAGACUCAAAUGGAUCACAUUGGAUUUUACCCACCGGAACUUGGCACACAUUCCCUCAAGGAGAAAGGGAGAGAAUCAGCCUGCUGAGGGAACAUUGUGUCCAUGAACCUGGAGGUUAUUGUGCUACUGGAAGCCACUGUGCCCCUUGGUGGAAAGGGUCAGGAAGAGGUGGCUGGAUAGAGGGUGAGGUUUACUCUGUGGCCUGGAAGCGGAAGACUGGAAGAUUUUGGAGGGCCUUGGGCGCAGCAAGCAUGGCAGGAUCAAGUGCCUCUGAGGUCAUCUUUAUCUCUGUCAAUCACAACAUCACUUUGAUGGGGAAGGUGUGGCUCAUUGUGAUGAUCUUCCUCCGUCUCCUGAUCCUCCUCCUUGCUGGUUAUCCUCUCUACCAAGACGAGCAGGAGCGAUUUGUGUGUAACACCAUUCAGCCUGGCUGCGCCAACGUGUGCUAUGAUCUAUUUUCUCCCAUCUCUCUAUUCCGCUUCUGGCUGGUGCAACUUGUCACCUUGUGUCUCCCCUCCAUCAUCUUUAUCAUCUACGUGGUCCAUAAGGUCUCGAAUGGCCUCAGUGUGGACCUGAACUCAUCGGGUCACCCCAAAGCCUUGCCGCUAUUCAAGAUCCACCAGGAGCCGUUCAGCAAGACAUCUGUAAACAAGAUGCCUCUGGUGGCUGAGCGAGGGUGGGCACGGUUCUUCACAGGAGCCUACAUCCUCCAUCUAAUGUUCAGAACAUUGCUGGAGGCAGGGUUUGGGGCAGCUCACUACUAUCUGUUUGGUUUCUACAUCCCCAGGAGGUUCCUGUGCCAGCAUCCGCCGUGCACUACCCAGGUGGACUGCUACAUCUCCAGGCCCACUGAGAAGACAGUGAUGCUCAACUUCAUGCUCGGUGUGGCUGCUCUGUCCCUUUUCCUGAACGUGUUGGAUUUCAUCUGCGCCAUCAAGCGCUCUGUGCAGCAUAAAAGUAAGAGGAAGAUGAUGGUGGAGAAGGUAUAUGAGGAAGAGCAGUGUUUCCUUUCAGCUAGAGGAGCCUCCACAGGAAUAGACCCAAACGCCUCCCUGGCCCAGCAGGAUUUAGAGGCAGAGGCUGGUCACAAGGGGAGUUUCAGGAAGAGGCAAGGCAGCAAGGGCUCUUGUGGAGGGGGAGUGCUUGCUUUACGUCAGGAACCCCCCUGUUUGGAGCGCUCCUCUCUUCCACGCUCUCCAGGACCUUCAGGCUGCAACACUAACGGGAACAAUGGCUACUCUUUCUCCCAAGAGGAGGCUCCAGAAAGGAAUGGCAGCGAGGUGGCUCUCUGCCCCCCAGAGCCGAUGGGAACACCAAGAUCCAUCCGUGUUAGCAAACGCAGUCGACUCAAACCGCCGCCUCCGCCCAGACGGGACCUUGGUUCAUCCCCUAGUGAGCCAGCAGUGCCUUUCGGGAGUGUUUCAACAGCGACAGCAAUUUGUUCCAGAAAGGUGGGUCAGUAUACGCUGGUUGAGCUGGGUAGCGGCGCAGAGCCACAGCCCAAUGAUGACGGGCAAGAUAAAAGAUCAGAGUGGGUGUGAUGGUUGGACUGAUUUAUUUCUAGGUUAUUCCGCAACACAGGAUGGGACAAAUAAGUGUGGGAGCAAUAUGAGAAACUGACAUGGAGAUGACCCAAGGCUCACUAAGUGGCAGCAACUGUUGGAGCUGACACACUGCCAUGCUCACUACCUCAUUUCAAAAUGCAGACUGCACUGCCACUUGAGGAGAAUCCAAAGCGGCAACACAUUCACCAGACACCUUACUCUCAUGAGGCGUAAUCAUAUUUGCUGUGAUGUUAUCACGCCAUCAGAUCACAUUGCCUUUGAGGAGCGGUAACAGAGUGAUGCAGAGCGACAAGAAUUCAAGUCCUGAACAGCAACUCUUCAUAACAAAACAAGUCAAGAAUGACGGGACACUCGAGCCUUACGCGUCCUUGACCAAACCUCAACCUUGAGAAAAUCUAAAAGAGUGCAUCCCACCUGUUUCUCCCCUUGUUGGCUUUUCCCCCGACUCCCCGGAUACACUGUCCAUAAACAAAGACAGGCCUUGACCUGCCUCAAAUAUACAACCCCACCCUCUGCCACAGUCACUCUAUAUGACACUGCUGUCUCUUUUGUGUUUGGGUCACAGAGGUCAGGGGACAAGGGUAGCCUCUAGGCCUUGUGCUCAGGUGUUCGGCUGACCUUUUGGAAUACGAGUGUCAGGCCAAAAUGAAAGGCAAUAAUCUGGCUAAGGUGGCGUUAUCGAGCUCAUAGGAUGGAAUAGGACUCCUCUGUCAGAAGUGAAGGACACUAUGAAGGCCCCGAAAGCCGACAUAGGCUCACAAGGCAAUUACGUUCCCCCAUAGGGGCUCUGUAUUUAUGGAGACGGCUUGUCACUCUAUUUCAGGGUCUCGCGGAGCUUAGGAGGAAUACAAGCGUUAACAUACACUGUCACUAGAAAUAGAGCACAGCGGAGCUCUGCAAAGGAGCAGUGCUGCCUGUUGCCCUUCAGGAUAAAUGCUCUCUGCUCGCUGUGGCUUCAGUUUCACUUUGAUCAAAGCUCAGAUUAAUGCGGGUCAGACACACUGUGACACGUGUCAAUCACAGACAGUAUACAUAAUGGCUGCUGUAGUGUUUAAUCAACUUGUUCCUUUCCAGUUUUUUAGUGUCAGUACUGUAUUUUUGAAAUCUCUGAGAACACAUCUGGGUCUCUUUACACAGGUGGUUGUGAGGAGACUCUCACAGGAAAUCAUCACAGUUGCACCUGCUGCCCUCUAGCUGAGGGGCCGCUCUCUGUGUAAACGG